AGAGAGAGUUUAUACGGGAACAUUUUCCAACCAAUGAUUCUGAAUUCUUCAUCGCCCAGAGACUUUACACGGAGGGGACAUAUGUUUCCUUUAUUGCUGUAUCAAAAGGAACUGAUGAACCAGAAGGACAUUGAGGUGUCUUAUUUCACAUCGGUAUCAAGACAAGAAGAAUUUGAAGGAAAUGCUAAAAGAAUUAUUCCGUUGUUCUCGAUCACCUACUUUCUUUCAAUCUUUUUUUCCAUCACGUCUUGCACGAGGUUUGACUGUGUGAGGAAUAAAUUCUGGGUUGCUGCUCUGGGAGUGAUAUCAGCUGGAUUUGCUGUACUAUCGGGAUUUGGACUGCUGCUGUUUUGUGGGGUGAAAUUUGCCAUCAAUACAGCCAAUGCACCUUUUCUUAUUCUAGGUAUCGGCGUGGACGAUAUGUUUGUUAUGCUCGCCAGCUGGCAAAAGACAAAAGUUCAUGCUAAAGUUGAAGAUCGCUUGGCAAAGACAUACAAGGAAGCAGCUGUUUCCAUCACAAUCACCACUCUGACUGAUGUUCUGGCCUUUUAUAUUGACAUUGCGACACCUUUUCGAUCCGUGCAAUCAUUUUGUAUUUACACUGGUACAUCUGUUCUGUUCUGCUUCAUUUACAACAUUACAUUUUUUGGAGCUGUUCUUGCACUGAAUGGGAGAAGAGAAGCCAGUAACAGGCAUUGGCUGACAUUCAGAAAGGUUGAAAUGGUUCCUAAACAAGGAGAAUCUACACUCAGUGCAAUGUGUUGUGUAGGUGGUGCUUAUGAUCAGGAAUCAGGCACAGAAUCGGAACAUCCAGUCUACUUCUUCUUUAAAGAAUAUUAUGGUCCUUUCCUUACAAAAGGAUGGACCAAGGCAGCUGUGAUUCUUCUGUAUUUAGGAUAUUUAGCUGGCAGUAUUUAUGGCUGUUUACAUAUCAAAGAAGGAAUAGAUCUCAAAAAUCUGGCAUUUGAUGAUUCGUAUGCGAUUCCAUUCUAUGACGAUGCAAAUGAAUAUUUCUCAGAGUUUGGACCACGAGUCAUGGUCACUGUUACUGAAUCUGUAGAUUAUUGGGUUUCCAGUGUGCGAGAUGAAAUUGAAACCUGCAUGGGUAGAUUUGAAAACCUCUCGUACGUAGAUAGUGAACUGUCAGAGUCCUGGCUUUGUGCUUACAUUGGGGUUUAUGGAACUAACACCAGCGCCAUAAACACGGAAAAAAUGUUCAUGACAAACUUAUAUAAAUUCCUUCAGUUUCUCCCGUCAAUCAAACAAGAUGUUGUCAUUUCAGAAAAUAACCAAAGCAUUAAGGCUUCCCGUUUUUUUCAUUCAGACCAUUAAUAUCAAUAAUUCGGUUGCAGAAAAAAACAUACUGAUUGAAUUAAGGGAACUAGCGAAGGAAUGUAGA